AUGUCAUUCAGAGGAAGACCAAGUGUAGCUUCAAGAAGAUUUGGUAGAGGUGGCUUCAGCAGACAUGGUGUCGCACCAAACCAACAAAAAGAUAAUGAUCAAUCAUUGGAAAGCAUAAAUGCUAGUAUGGAUUCAAUUAAUAAUAUCAAUGAUAUUAGAGGAAUAAUUAUAAAUUCAAAAUUAAAUAUACCACUUUCCAAAUUAAUUUUAAAAUCAUCAUUCAAAGAUGAAUUUAUUGUUUUAUUUUUAGUUUUAUUAAACACUGUUGAUUUACAUUCAAAUGCAAAGAUUAAUUUUUUAGUAUCAACAUUUGAUCUUAAAUUAUAUGAUUUAUCAAAAUCAUUAUUAGAGACAAAUAAAUAUACAUUUAUAGAGAUUUCAAAAUGUUUAAAGAUUAUGGACUCAAAAAGAAUGAUUAAAAUCUUAAAUAAAAGAUUAGAAGAAAUUAAAAGUAAUCAUGAAAGAAAAUUAAAAGAGAAAAAGUUAGCAAUAGAGAAAAGUUUAGAACAAUUGUCAGUGGAUGAUAAUGAAAUUCAAAUGAAGAAAGAAGAGAAAAAACAACAAGAACAUAAGAGAUAUUUAGAGAAAGUUGAGAAAAGAAAGAAAAGAAUUGAAGAGUUUAGUAAAAAAGUUGACCAAACAAAAUCAAAAAAACAAUAUGCUUUAAAAAAAGUUUUAAUUAAAAUGAAAGAACAAAAGAAAGUAGAGAAAGUCGUAAAGGGUGAUAAGGAGGUGGUUUAUAAGAAUCGUUAUGAAAAUGCAGUUAAAUCUGUGGAGAAUAAAAUUAGAGAAUUGGUAUCCUACCAAUACGAAUCUGGAUUAUCUGGUAAUGUUAUAGCCAUUUUCAAAAAGUUUUUUAAACAAGUACCACGUUCAACAUUGGAAUACUUUGCCUAUGGCCAACCAAAGGCUACUUGGCGUGAAAUUGCCAGACUGUUACAUUUGGGUCCAAAAGAUCUUUGUGAUGAAAUUCCAUGGUUCCUUAGUGUUAUGUUUGGUGGAAGUGCUCCAGUUGGUACACGUGUUUAUGAAUUUGAAAAGGAAUUAAAAGAUCCAUCAAAAUUCACUAAAGAAAGAGCCAUUGAAUUGAUUAACCAAUUCAAACCAACCUAUGCAUUCCUUAGAAAGAAUUUACCAGAAUCAUUAUUCGAUGGCGAAAUGAAAGCAAUGGUUGCAGAGUAUGAAGAAAUCGAUGCAUUAAUUUGGUGGUUAAAUGAAUUAGGAAAGGAGGAAAAGGUCAUUGAAAUUAUCAUUAAACGUAUUACCAGUGGUAAAGAGUCUUUGAAAAAUGUUAGCAUUGGUACACUAUUAGAGAGAUCAAUGGGUCUAAGUCAAGAUUCGCCAUUGUUCAAUUGUUUAUUCCCAGAGAUUUUAAAGAAAAUGACUGAACAAAGAGAGAAAUUCGUUUUACCACCACCAAUUUCCAUUUUUGGUGAUAAAUCUGGUUCAAUGGAUGUUGCAAUUCGUUUAAGUAAUAUCAUUAGUUUCAUUAUUUCAUCUUUGACACCAGGUGCCGAGUUAUCAUUUUUCGAUUGUAAAAAUGUUCCAUCGCCAAUUCCAGUGGAUUCUUUAGAGAAUCUUUUCAAAUUAAAAGACUUGGUCAAAGCAUCGGGUGGUACAGAUCCAGGUGUGUCAAUGUAUAAACUUUUAUCUGAAAAAGUUGUUAAAAACUAUAUUGUCGUGGUUACCGAUGAAGAGGAAAAUGGAUAUAAACAUGGUAGAUUUAGCGAGUUGUUCAUUCAAUAUCGUAAAGAGGUUGCACCAAAUUGUAAAUUAGUUUUCAUUUCAUUCAUUCCUCAAUACUCUGAAGGUCAAAUGGUCGGUGAGUUACGUAGAAAAGGUUUCGAUUCUUCAACUUUAAUUCAAAUUCCUUUCGAUGCAACAAAUCCUGAUGUUUCAAAAAUCGAUGGUAUGCUUUCAAGUUUAUCUUGUGAAUCUGAACAAUUCAAAGAUCAAUUGGACCUCCUUGUUACUAUUCUUUCAACAGUUGGUUAUAAAAAUGGUUUUAAAUUCAUUAAUGAUAGAGCACCUCUCUUAAUGAGAUUCGAUUUAAAUAUUCAAUUAGGUAUUGAAAAUGUUUUAUCUAUUAUUAAAACUAAUCCAACUUUAGAUAACUAUCAAUAUUUAAUGGUUAAAAAUAAUUUAAAUCGUUUACUUAAAAUCUCUAAAGAUAAUAAUGAUUUGGUUUCUCUUGAAACUUUUAAUAAUAUUCAUAAAGAAUUUUCAAAAUUAUCAAAAGAUGAUGGUAUUCAAUAUCUUUUAAAAUCUUUAUCAAAUUUGCAACCAAUUUCUGUUAAAGAUAAUUAA